CCCCAUCUCGCCAUGCCGUACUCUCUCCGCCCACGCCCCGCCCCCCUCGCAGAGCUCCCCCUCGACAGCUUCCUCCCCGAGCGCCCCUCCGCCAGUCCCACGCCAACGGGCUCAACGGGCCCACAGCGGCAUCAAAGUGCUUCGUCCCCCGUCGCGUCGUCCAGCAAGCACCCCAGUCCCAUGCAUCCACACCGCCGGGGCAUCGAGCCGGGCGACGGGAUGAAGAGCCCGGUCAAGAAACGGACAAGGACGGUGACGCCGCGGGUGAAGCAGGUGCUCGAUCGAGACGAUCUCGGUGUGGGGAAAUCUCCUGCGAGGAGGUUGUUUGCCACUUCCGUCGCCCAAUCCAGCUCACAUCCGUCUCUCGGCGGAAUAUCAGGCGCGAUUUUGACCCCACCUCUGAACGAUACACGCGCCACCCAAAACCAAACACCAAUACAAAACCAAUAUCUGCUUGAAGAUGGGAACGGGAACGGGGAGGACAUGAACAUUCACGACCCCGGAUUUGUCGUUCGCCGCGAUCCGGAAGGCUCGGUCGUUGGGAGACCACGUACCCGCUCUCGCUCUCGCUCCGCCUCUCCGUUUCCCUCCAGCACCCUAUCCGAACUAGACAUCGAUAACCAAGAAAAUAUCCCGCCGCCUCUUCUCCCUUCCACGUCUGCGUGCUCGAUCUCGAUACCGGAUACACCACACUCACAGUCUGGCGGAUCCACAUCCACGUCGUCGCGCGUCGAUUCGUACCUCUGCACUUUUCCGUCGACUGUUUCCCCCUCUUCACAUCACCAUUGGUCCCCAUAUUCCCGCAGCUCCCACGGGCACACACCAGGGAGCAGGAAAAGGGAACAGAGUAAGCUCGUGAAUGAACUGCUCCUUCUUCGUGGGGAAGACGUCCCGAGCAAGACCCAGAUCAAGACUAGAGCGAGGACGGAGAGUGAGAGCGGACAUCGGCAUAGGAAGAUGGAGGAAGUGAUCAUACAGGAUGAAUUGACGCCAGGGAGGAGGACGACACGGGGUAUGGCGCGAAGAGGAAAAGACCUUUUGGCGAAAGAGGUGGAUGGUGUGUAAAGCGUCUUGUGUGGAUCAGGUGUCUUGUGUCGUAGCUCUGGCUCCAGUCGCAAAGAGGUAUAAUGUGUAUAUAAUCCAUAGUAAAACAUGAUUGUACUUUUGUUUGAUAACAGUAGAGUGGAUGUAGUCCCAUAUCUUGUCCGUCCCACAGAUGCAUGGGGGGUGAAUACGAG